UCCUCUUUUGGGCAGGACUCUGACCCAGACUGGGUGGAAGGCAGCGUCACUUCACAAGGAAUCUUGCCCAGGGAUCUUCGCCCAGCGCUGACUUGCACAUUACCUCCGAGCCAACGGAGAGCGUUCCGGUAAACUCUGUAAACAAGAGACCGGGACAUGGCAGCGAUCAUGGGGGGUAGCCGCUUACUCCGGAUUGCUUUCAGUCGUUGCCCGCGACCCUCUGCAAGUGUCAACGAGAGGACCGCAGCCAGGAUGAAGGGUUCUUCCCAGGGCUUAGACCCGAACAAGAUCCGGACGUUUCACACUACUUCCCCAGCCCCGAACAUCAGCUCAUUCCUGCCGGAGUCCAGUUCUUUCCCUGGGGUAAAAUCUUACGCCGACCUGUUGGACUUCGCCAUCAGAGAUCCCGAAACCUUCUGGGGGACUCUGGCCAAGGAGAGACUCUUGUGGAACCGGCUCUUUCAGCGGGUUCACGAUUGUGAUUUUAGCAAAGGCUCGAUCGCCUGGUUCCUGGGAGGACAACUCAACGUGUCAGUGAAUUGCUUAGAUCGUCAUGCCGACCAGUACCCCAACAGAGUGGCUUUGAUCUGGGAGAGAGAUGAACCAGGCACAGAAAUAAGGAUUACUUACAGGGAACUUUUGGAGACCACGUGUCGACUGGCUAACACUUUGAAGCGUCAUGGGGUGCAGAAAGGGGACAGAGUCGCAAUCUAUCUCCCAGUAUCUCCUAUUGGUAUAGCUUCAAUGUUGGCUUGUGCUAGGAUUGGUGCCGUGCAUACAGUAGUCUUUGCAGGUUUUAGCAGCCAUGCACUGAGUGAAAGGAUCUCUGAUGCCCAAUGCAAGGCUGUUAUCACCUGCAAUCAAGGAGUACGUGGUGGUCGUGUUAUUGAGCUGAAGAAGUUGGUGGAUGAGGCAGUAAAGUCAUGUCCCACAGUAAAAUGCAUCUUUGUGGCACAGAGAACAGACGGCAAAGUUCCAAUGAGCAAUAUCGAUAUACCGCUUGAAGAAGAGAUGGAGAAAGAGGAGCCGGUGUGUGAACCUGUGUCCAUGGACAGUGAGGACCUGCUCUUCUUGCUGUAUACUUCUGGAAGCACAGGAAAACCCAAGGGCCUAGUCCAUACACAAGCUGGUUAUCUGCUAUAUACAUCUAUUACCCACAAGUAUGCCUUUGAUUAUCAAGAAGGUGAUGUUUUUGGCUGUAUGGCAGACAUUGGCUGGAUUACAGGGCACAGUUAUGUGGUCUAUGGCCCACUCUGCAAUGGUGGCACGACUGUGCUAUUUGAAAGCACUCCUAUCUACCCAAAUCCAGGUAGAUACUGGGAAACUGUGCAGCGGUUACAAAUCAAUCAGUUUUAUGGGGCUCCAACGGCCAUUCGUCUGCUGCUGAAAUAUGGAGACAGCUGGGUGUCCAAAUACGAUCGGUCAUCCUUGAAAACACUAGGCACAGUCGGGGAACCUAUUAACCACGAAGCCUGGGAGUGGUUCUGGAAGGUUGUGGGAGAUGGCCGAUGUACUCUUGUGGAUACCUGGUGGCAGACAGAAACGGGUGGUGUUUGCAUCUCUCCACGGCCUUCAGAGGAAGGAGCAAAGAUUUUGCCUUCUAUGGCUAUGAGACCAUUCUUUGGGAUACAGCUUGCUAUAAUGGAUGAGAAGGGUAAUCGGAUGGAGGGAAACAAUGUUACUGGUGCUCUCUGCAUCACAAAGCCUUGGCCUGGCAUUGCCAGAAGUAUCUAUGGGGAUCAUUCCAGAUUCCUGAAUGCAUAUUUCAAAAAAUAUCCAGGAUAUUAUUUAACUGGUGAUGGUGCACACAGAUCAGAAGAAGGCUUUUACAAGAUUACUGGCCGGAUGGAUGACGUAAUUAACAUCAGUGGCCACAGGUUGGGUACAGCUGAAAUAGAGAAUGCUCUGGCUGAACACCCUGAUGUGCCAGAGACGGCAGUGAUUGGCUUUCCUCAUGACAUAAAAGGGGAAGCUGCAUUUGCCUUCAUUGUUUUGAAAGAUACCUGCUCCAUUUCUGAACUGGUCAUUAAAGAUCUGAAAACAAAUGUUGAAUCUAAGAUUGCUAAAUACGCUAUUCCUGAUCACAUUCUGGUUGUGAAGCGACUUCCCAAAACCCGAUCUGGGAAAAUCAUGAGGCGAGUGUUGAAGAAAAUAGCCACUGAUGAAACUUCUAAUCUGGGUGACCUCAGCACACUAGACGACCCUCAAAUCAUCUCAGAGAUCAUUGCAGCCUACACAAAGUAUAAAAAAGACCACAUGACCAGAAAAUAAACAGUCAGCAUUCCUUAAAUCAUCCCAAAAUUUUGACACUCAUAGCACCAACUGGUUGUAUAUUCUUAAAACGAUACUUUUUCUGUUUGCACUUAAAAAAACCUAACAAUGCUUUUAAUUAAUAUUAAUUCAGAAUUGGUGCUAAAAGAAGAAAUGAUUCCUCCUUGUCGCUAAUUUCCCCCUUGACCCUUCUCAUGGAGACAAUCUCAAUUGCAUUGGUCUAAGUGCCUGUAGUGUCCCAGAAUCUGAUCGACAGUAUUUGGUCCAUUUCUACAGUUGAGGUGGCUGAUCUGCCAAGUCUAUAUCUCACUCUGAAAUGGUUGUCUGUAUUAGCACAUUCCAUCAUAUGUUGUUACGAGAAAAUGAUUGGGAAGCCUGACUGAUUUUAAAAAACUCCCCAUAUAACACAAGGUAUUAUUUUACUGUGAGGCUUGUGUCAUUCUCCUGCUAAAGGACUGACAGGGGAUCAGAAUUGAGAUUUACUUGCCCUUGUCUACUUCACUGUCAAAUAUGGUAUGAGUUGUUCAAAAAAAUUGAAUUGAAUUAAUUCAUAGAAUCAGUGUGAAUAAACUUCUGAUUUGCUUUUAAAAUGAAAGUAAACAGACUUUAGACAUAUACAACGAAGAAUAACAGCAAUAGCAGAGA